CGGUCUUGACGCCGGCGGUGCGUCAGGCUCAGUCCGGUCUGGCUCUUGUUGAAUCCGCUGUGUCUCUCGGUUCUUCGCUGCGGCGGAGAAAUAAGAUGCGGAGCAGCGGCGGAACCGGAGCCCGUGACCCGGAUCAGUCCAGAACCAGAGCCAGGCUAGCUGAAUCCUCCGGCCCGGCACGGCUCGGCUCGCAGACGGCAUGACCGCAGUAGCGGCAGCGGUGGAGGAGAGAGCGACAGAGACAGACUCCAGCCGCUGAUAGAGGCAGCUAGCCGGGCAGCUAACAGCGCGAUGACCGCGGAGGGAAGCGGCACGAUCCGCAGCCGCAUCAAGAACCUGCUGCGCUCCCCGUCCAUCAAACUGAGGAGGAGGAGCGGCGCCGCGCGGCACAAAGAGGACCUCAGCGACAAGGUGACCUUGGAGAAGGUGCUUGGUAUAACAGCUCCAGGGAACCGAGCGCUGGCCUGCGACCCCCGGACCGGACUGUUGGCUUAUCCUGCCGGGUGUGUUGUCGUCCUCCUGAAUCCUCGGAAGAACAAACAGCAUCACAUCUUCAACAGCUCCAGGAAGGCCAUCACCACGUUGGCUUUUUCUCCAGAUGGGAAAUAUGUUGUUACAGGAGAGAGCGGUCACAUGCCGGCGGUGCGGGUGUGGGAGGUGUCAGAGCGUCUCCAGGUGUCUGAGCUGCAGGAACAUAAAUAUGGCGUCUCCUGCGUGGCGUUCUCUCCCAAUGGAAAGUACAUCGUCAGUGUGGGAUACCAGCACGACAUGAUGGUGAACGUGUGGAACUGGAAGAAAAACAUCGUCGUUGCAGCCAAUAAAGUUUCCAGUAAAGUGACGGCCGUCUCCUUCUCAGAUGACAGCUCCUACUUUGUUACCGCCGGCAACCGCCAUGUCAAGUUCUGGUAUCUGGACCACGGCAAGACCUCCAAGGUCAACGCCACUGUCCCGCUGCUGGGGCGUUCAGGGCUGCUGGGAGAACUCAGGAACAACUUCUUCAGUGAUGUGGCAUGUGGGCGGGGCCGACAGGCCUCCUCCACCUUCUGCAUCACCUCCUCGGGUCUACUGUGCGAAUUCAACGACCGGCGACUCCUCGACAAGUGGGUGGAGCUCCGGAGAGUCGACUCUGCCUCAACCUCUCAGGCCACCUGUCUGUCCGUCACAGACGAGUUGAUCUUCUGUGGGUGUUCUGACGGGACGGUUAGAGCUUUCAGCCCCGUCAACCUGCACUUCCUCUGCACUCUGCCCCGCCCACACUUCCUGGGAGCUGACAUCGCCAGUAUGGUGGACGCCAGCCAGCUGUUCUCCUGCAGGUCGGAGGCUCGGUACCCAGACACGGUGGCGGUGACCUACGACCCCACUAACCGCUGGUUGUCCUGCGUCUACAACGACCACAGUGUUUAUGUUUGGGACGUCCGAGACCUCAGAGACCCUCGCAGGGCGGGAAAACUUUACUCCGCCCUCUACCACUCCUCCUGUGUGUGGAGUCUGGAGGUGUACCCAGAGGGGGGAGGGGGAGGAGGAGGUGAGGUGCGUUUCCCCCCCGGCUCCUUCCUGUCCUGCUCGUCAGACAACACCAUCCGACUGUGGAACUUCGACGGACACAACGUCCUCAACAGGAACAUCCUGAGCCACGACCUGCAGAAGGUAAUUUACGUGGACGAUAACGUAACGAGCCUCCUGGACACGGAGAGCAUCACAAUCGCCGGGGGCAACACAGAGAAGGCGGGGUCAUCGGGCUCAGAGGGGCAGCAGACUGACCAGAGCCGGGCGGGCAUUAGGACCCUGAGAGUCAGUCCUGAUGGACAGCACCUGGCCUCUGGAGACCGCAUGGGGGUUCUCAGGAUCCAUGACCUGGACAGUAUGGAGGAAAUCCUGAAUGUUCAGGCUCAUGACUCAGAGAUCCUCUGCCUGGAGUUCUCCAAAGCAGACACUGGUCUCCAGUUAUUAGCCACGGCCAGUCGGGACCGUCUGAUCCACGUCCUGGAUGCAGGCAGGGAGUACAGUCUGGUUCAGACUCUGGACGAGCACUCGUCCUCCAUCACCGCCGUCAGGUUCGCAGCCAAUGAGGGGAAGGUGAGGAUGAUCAGCUGUGGAGCCGAUAAAAGCGUCUACUUCCGCACCGCUCAGCAGGUGGAGGGGGGGUUGGAGUUCACUCGGACUCAUCACGUCGUCAGGAAGACGACUCUGUACGACAUGGACAUCGAACCAACCAGGAAGUACGCAGCCGUGGGCUGUCAGGACCGCAGCAUCAGGAUCUUUAACAUCAGUAACGGAAAACAGAAGAAGUUGUAUAAAGGCUCUCUGGGAGAGGACGGCACUCUCAUUAAGGUGCAGAUAGACCCGUCGGGUCUCUACAUUGCCACUUCCUGUUCAGAUAAGAACAUCAGUAUAUUCGACUUCUACUCUGGAGAGUGUGUGGCCACCAUGUUCGGACACUCGGAGAUAGUAACAGGUCUGAAGUUCAGCAGUGACUGCAGACACCUGAUCACAGUGUCUGGAGACAGUUGUAUCUUUGUGUGGCGUCUCAAUCCAGAGCUGACCAUCAGGAUGAGGCAGCGACUCGCUGACCUCAGACCUCCCAGCAGCAAUCACAGUUCCCAGAAUGCACCUCAGCCAAGAGCGGUAAACCUCAGCAGGGAGGCGGAGUCUCCUCGUGUCGUCACCAUGUCGUCUGACAGCGACAAAGAGGAGGAAGAGGAGGAGGAGGAGGAGCUCAGAUGUCCUUAUAUGGGCACAGCAGGACGCCUGGAGGAGGAGACAGACGUGUGCGAUGAGAAAUUCAACUCUCUGGACUCUCAGUGCUGCAGGAAGGAGGCGUCGGGAGGUCGACUCCCCCGCCGUCGCUGGUCCAGGAGGACGGGCAGCGCCGACGGUGUCCUGAUGGUGAAGUCCAUGUUGGACCUGAGACUGCUGGACUCGUACUGCCCCGACAGACGGGAGGAGCAGCAGGAGGAGCAGGACGAGAUCUGCCCCCUUGAUGUUAAACCCACCCCUUGUAGCCCAAGGAGGAGGGGCCAGGUUGUGGAGGCGGGACUUCACAGGACCAAUCAGGAGCUAGGGAGCACCAUCAGUCUGCAGGUCACCACUGCAUGGGGGGAGGACGAUGAGGCAAGGACCAAUCAGAGGCCAGACUUCAUCCUGCUGUCCAAUCAGAGCCCGGACAGGGAGGAUCCAGUGCUGUAUCCUGACCAAUGGGAGGACAGACUGAGCCUGGCAGGCAGUGAGUUCCAGGUGAAGGAGGCGUGUCCUGCCGCUGCAGGUGGACGACAGGACAAACCCAGUCCAGACAGCGGCUGCUCACUGGGAUUCAGCUCCAGACUGUCCAGUCCAGACAGACCUGCAGGAGACGACUCAGAGCCCACUGAGCCUCUCAGUGUGGAUGGAAACUCCUCUGAGCUAGAGAUGGAGGAGGAGGAUGACGAGGACGGAGGAAGAGGAGGAAGAGGAAGAGGAGAUGUAGGAGGAGGAGGGGCAGGAGGAGGAGGAGGGGAGGUGGCGGUGUCACAGCAGGUCCCCCCGACUCCAGACCAGGAAGCUUUCCUGAAGGAGCACUUUGUCACGCUGGCCGACCUCUCGGCCUCAGGGAGUCCGAGCAGAGCGUCGCACAGCUCCAGUGAGAGUCUCAGCAUCUCCUCCAGGUUCCUCUCCCAGAAUUCAGCUGGAAGUCGAGCUGUGAUUCCUCUCCCAUCCCGGAGCAGCGGGGGAGGAGGACCAGGGGAGGUCAAGGCCCGUCCUCUGGUCUCUGAGGUCCGACCUCUGAUGGAGCAAAACCAGCACAGGAGCCACGACAGGAGGGUAUCAUGGAACCAGGACCAAACCCAGAAACAGAACCAGGACCAGACCUCCUCACUUCAGGACCAGAACAGAACCAACCAGGACCAAACAGAACCUCCUCAGGUCAGGAACCAGAUCCAGCAGGAUGACGAUCAGCUCCAGAGCUCGGUUCAGGAGGACGAGAGCUCCUUGGCUCUACAGGCCCAGCGGCCCUCCCCGCUGAAGAAGAAGAUCCAGACAUCUGUGGAGUCCAAAAGGAACCUGGGACCAACGGCCCGGGCCGCCGCCGCCCAUCUGAACCCGUCUGGACUCCGGAAGGCGCAGUCAGUCCAAAGCCUGCUGAGCGACACAGGUGACAUCUCUUUCUCCCAGUCGCCCUCUCGCCCGUCCAGAGAGGUCCCCGCUCAGCUGCUCCUCCCCCCUCAGCGUCCCACCACUCUUCCUUCCUCCCCCAGACGCCCCCCCUCAUCCACAAUCCCGCCCCCUCAGAGACCCAGCCCCGCCUCCCCCAGGUCCCCGCAGCAGGAAACGGCCGCCGCUCCGCCUAUGACCACACCGAGGAAGUCUUCGUCCUCCUCCUCGACGCCGUCGGCGCCGCGCUCCUACAUGAGCCCCACCGCCAGCUCCAUGGCCAAGAUGUCCCGCUCCGUCUCCGUGGGUGACGGACUCAACAUCACCGAACCUGCAGAGGAUCCUGCAGUGACAUCAUCAUCAUCAUCAUCAUCAGUGGUUACCUCCUCCAAUCAGGUCAAAGAGACGCCACCUCCUCUGGUUGCCGUGGUGGCCUCCAACGUAGCUCUGGCCACGCCCCCCCAUGCUGCAGUUGUCCCCGUUGUCGCCGCCUCUUCCUCGACUUCCUCUCUGGGUAACCAUGGUAACCAGACGGCCCCUCCCCCCCGUGGUCUCCAGGCUCGGGUCCCGGGCAGCAGCAGACCGCUGCCUGACAAACCCUCCCUCGCCUCCUUCUCACCAUCAUCCAAGACCGCUGCCACCUCCGCAUCUUCCUCCUCCUCCUCCUCCUCCUCGUCUUCCACGUCUCGGCCUCCUCCGGUCUCUGUCUCCCCCCUGGCUCCCCCCCAGCAGGAGGAGGAGCCUCCGACUACUACAAGUGGAAGUGCAGAGCAGAGGGACGACGCAGGUUUGGACUCUCCUCCUCCUCCUCCUCCUCCUCCUCUCGAUCCCUUCAUCCUGUCAUCUCUCCGUCUGGGCCCGGGACUCUGGCUCUGCCCCUCCUCCUCACCCUCCUCUUCAUCACUGAACUCCUCCUCCUCUCGCUCCGUACCGACGGACCAGCCAGUCAGUGUGGAGACCUGCAUGGCUCUGACCAAUGAGCUGCAGAGCUGCUUUAAGAGAGCCACACACCUGUACAGGAAGGUGAGCAGCUCCUCCACCGAUGACCCCGCCCCAGACCAGCGUCAGAUGGCCAUCCUCCUAUCAGAGGCCUUCCAGGCCAUGAGGGCGGAGCUAGACUCCCUGCCACUCAGUGCACCGAGCAUGCUGGGAGUGGAGGGGGGGCUGGGAGGAGUGGGGGAGGUGAAGACAGCGGCUCUGCUGGAGGAGUAUUCUCUGCUUCUGCUGCAGGCCGUACACAGGAGGAUCAACACCUCCACAUACUGACCCACUCCUCCUCCUCCUCCUCCUCCUCCUCCUCCUCCUCCUCCUCCUCCUCCUCCUCAUCGUCUCCUCCUCCUCCUCCUCAUCUCCUCCUCAUCAUCUCCUCCUCCUC